AUUACUUGAAUAUGUUUUCUUCAGCUUCUAAGUGAAGAGGUGUUUGAUUUCUCAAGAGGAGAGAUGACUCAAAGUAAGAUAAAGGAGCUUAAACAAUCAUUGAACAGUGAAUUUCAACUCAUUCAUGAGCUAUGCUUAUAUGUACUAUCAGCCUCUCAAAGAACUGAGCUUAUACGUGCAACACUCUCCACAUUGCACGCAUUUCUCUCAUGGAUUCCCCUGGGAUAUAUAUUUGAGUCUCCAUUGCUUGAAACGCUGCUGAAUUUUUUCCCCAUGCCAUCGUAUCGGAAUCUCACUCUUCAGUGUUUGACAGAGGUUGCAGCACUUAAUUUUGGAGAUUUCUACAAUGCCCAGUACGUGAAGAUGUACACCAUAUUCAUGAAACUGUUAUAG